CUAUCGAAUGUCGAGGCGUCCGACUAGAUAUCGGCCAGAAUGCUGACAUUACUCACAGCUAAACAUUCGCCCGGUGAUCAAACAACGUAACUCAAAUACCACCACUGUCGGCUUUAUCACGGAAAAAUGGCUGCGGAAACACCCACAGUGGCUAACGUUGUCAGCCUGCAAAUUUCUCUUCCUCAAAUGCUCGAUCUUGCUCUCGGAACGCCAGAGGUCGGCGUGGUUAAUUUUAACAUUCUUCAUAAUUUCCUUCACAUCUUGUUGCAACAGAUAAAUUUACAGACUACCAAAGUGGAAUAUCGUGGCGAAAAUGCGAAUCGUAUUAAAGCGAUGGUUCCAUCCUUGAAGUUGGGACCUGCUCUUUACCUUCAGGAGUAUAAUAUUACCGAUAGUACUGGUAAAAUAUCAGAACGAAUUCGAGAAGAUAUAGACGUUAAAAUAUUUACAGAAGAUAUUCAACCACUUACAGAGGAAGAUUUAAAAUUAACGAAAGGAAUAACGCAACAAAUAAGUCCUGGAAAGGAAAGUGAUCCUCAGACGGUCAUAUUUGUGGAACCUGUUGUAAAUGGUUCUCCUCCUACAGCAUUAGCGUUCAAGGAACUUGAACAAUCUGUGAAACAAUUACAACAACAGUAUCAAGCUCUGGAAGAUUUAUCUACGACUCCAGAAAUAGUUGAACGUUUAAAGGGCAGAAACGGAGAUCCUAUCGCGGAUAUAUGGCAAUUUAUUAACAUCAAUAAGAGAUUAGACGCGAGCGAACAAGGUAUCGAGAAGCUCACAACAAUGGUACAAGAUGUGAUUAAAGGCGAUAUAGGUGUAUUUACAACAGCAGAUAUGUCGUUGAUUAACACAAGAUUGGAUGAACUCGAAGAAAAAGUUGCAAAAAUGGAGCAAAAGCUCACCAGUUUACAAACAAUUGCUAAUAUUGUAUUCGAAGAUGCAUCACCAACUACUGAUUAUGUGGCAGUAAAACCUAUCAUAGCAGCAGAAGCUGCAGAAACCACAGCAGCAGCAGCAGCAGCAGCAGCAGCAGAAAUCGCAGUCGAUGAAGAUACUGUACCAUCUCCUGAAAAGGAAGAAACAGCAGAGGAAAUUCCUAAACCAGUUCAUGAAACAGUCGAAAAGCUUGCUACUCAAUUGACAGCUCGAAAAAUACGCCAAGAUGUUGCAACAUUGAAAGUGAAUGUAGUCGAGAUGCAGCGGGAAUUACAAGAUCUCAAUGAAAAAAUUGCACAAGUCGCUAAAGAUAAAGAGAAGAUAGUUGAAGUGAGUGAUGCUGCAAACUUGGAACAAUGCUUGGAAGCUGUGAAAAAUGUAGAGACGACACAUAACAAAGUCAUGAACGAUAUUAUCGAACGCGUGAUUACAUUGGAGAAAGAAACUGAGAAUUUGUCAGAAAAAGUGAACGUUUUGCAAGCAAUGGAUAAAACAGGUGACAUCAAUGAACUCGUUACAAAAAUACAAGGAAUAGAAGCGGAUGUGGAAAGAAUCGGAGAAACAAUAGACAGACUGUUCGAUGAUAAAGAGGAAAAGGAAAUUCACAUUAAAACAUUGCUGGAACAAAUAGAACUUUUAAAAACUGUCAAAGCAGACAAAGAAGAUCUCGAAGAUGCUUUGGCUGAUAAAGCGGAUACUCAAGCAGUUAACAGAAAAGUAUCACACGAUCAAUUCGAUGCUGCUUGUGACGAUCUUUCGCGUGGUCUCGAAGAGGCGAUUGAUAAAUUGACUAAGCAAGAAUCGAUUUGGCAACAAGCGCUUGACGAAGUGCAAAAUGAAAUUGCAGGCAAAGUGGAUAAAAUAGAGAUGACGCCGUUGAAGGACUUUAUGAAUAAGAAAUUGAAGUCUCUUCAAGAAAAGUUGAAAAUUAUGGCCGAAGCGAGGCGUGAGAUCGAAGCGGCUGGAACGAAAAAACUGCUCAGGGAUGUUCAGUGUAUAUCGUGCGACAAGGACGUCGUGAUGAAAACAGAAGAAGUCGGCAGAUUUCGUGCCGAACCAUUGCCUUGUACCAUCAGUAUGAAACCUUAUCUCACAUACCAGUUGGACCAAGUUAGGAAGCAGCAGAGAAAAUUGCCUCACAGCAGAAAUAUGAUCCAAUUUGAGACUGCAAUGCGGGAGGAGAUCAAGAAAAUAAAACCGAAAGAAGAAAUGCUCGCAAAGUCUCCCAGAGAUCAUCUCUGCAAUCGAUAUUGUGGCGGAAGCCACACGAUCGUGACUCCUCAACAAAAAGUUAUGCGGGUAGAACAUUUCUUGACCCAAUGGGGGCCGCAAACGAUACAAUUAACAGAUGGUUUGAUAAAAGGGAAAGACGGUAAGAUGUAUCGUAGCCGGUUAUUGCCGGAUAAACUGGAUGUCUGCGGACCAACUUGCUGGGAGAGUCAAAUUAGCGAGGAAACUCGAUCCUCAAUUUCUCAGGAACAUGCUUCGACAUCGUUUCGUAAAUCUUCGCCGAUUCAACGAAACAACACUGGAAAUGAAAGACGUAACGCAAGGAAAUCAUCGAAGGAACCGAGGAUAAUCGAACUGGCGGAGAAACCGAUUGUAGAAGCGAGCCAAAUGACACCGCCACAAAAGAAUGUUAAUGAACGCCUGUUAUUUAUCCCAGUUGGAUCUCAGGAUGAGAUCGCGCUAUACGAAACUAACAACGUGAUAGAGGGAAAAUAAAUUAAAUGACAAAAUAUAUUUUUAGAACAAGGAAAAUUUAUAUAAUUGACAUAAAAAUCUA